GGUCCCUUAAGUAUACAGUAUAAAUGACCACGGUCCCUUACGUAUACAGUAUAAAUGACCACGGUCCCUUACGAAGAGCCGUGUAAAAAUGAUCGCAGGCUGCGUUGGCUCAUCGGAUUUCAGGGUCGAGUUUUAAUGAUCAGGGAGGAGGUGGUUGGUGAUGGUGAUGAUCGUGGUGGUGGUGUAAAGACGAUCACCACCAGCGCUUGUGCCAGGCCAGGUGUACACUUGCGAAGGGCAGGCACAGAUGUACAUGCACGGUAUGACAGACGCGCACGGAAACGGAGGUAACGGUCAAAUGUGCAGACGCACUGACGAGACACAGAGACCAAGUGACACACACACAACAUAGACUCUGCGUCGGAGGGGUUCUCGCUCGCCCGAGUGAGCUGGGGGGAGGCGACGGCAUCCAAGGGUAGAGAUUUCGCGGGGUAGAGAUUUCGCGGACCAUGUCUGAAGACUACGAGGGGAAACUCGAGAGGUUCCGAAGGAGCCACACGAACCCCUUCAACUCCUCCACGUCGUCCGGCACCACGACCACCACCAACACCACUCACGACUCCACCACCACCAACCACAGCGACAUGGAGGAGACGGCGGAGGGAGGCGGCCAGUCGCACGGAACCAGCGACUCUGAGUCUCGGGAGACGGAAUCGGAGCUGGAGUUGGGGGCGGAAUUGGGGCUCACGGAGAAUCAUUUUCCUCCCCCGCACGGCCUGGCCCACGUGAGCCGGCUGGAGGAGCUGGAGCACGCCGUGGAGAUGUGCAAGGUGUCGGUGCUGGAGGCCUCCGAGUUCUCGGCUCGCCGCGAGCAGGCCCUGGCCAGGCUCGUCCAGCUCCGCAUCAAGAUCCAGGAGCUCAAGGAGCCAGAGGACGAGGAGCCGGACGUGAAGCUGCUGCUGGAUCACCGCUUCCGCAAGCGGCACAGCCGGAGUGUGAAGCACAGCUGCGAGCGGUGCAGCACGCUCAUCUGGGGCGUGCUGCAGACCUGGUACACCUGCUCAGGCUGCCACUUCAACUGCCACAGCCGCUGCCUGGACUCCAUUGUCAAGCGCUGCGUGAGGGUGAAGGUUAGCCACCAGUCUGAAUUUGAGCUCCGCAUUUGCCCGGAGCAGGGCCUGGACCGCCAAGGCUUCUGCUGUGCCGAGUGCCGUGCGCCCAUUGCCAUGGGCCUGGUAGCCAAUGAGGCCCGUCUGUGCGAUUACUCUGGACGCUACUACUGCCCCAACUGCCACUGGAACGACGCGAUGGUCAUCCCAGCACGGGCCCUGCAUAACUGGGACUUUGAAUCUCAGAAGGUUUGCCGGUCGAGUCUGCGCUUCCUGACGCUCAUGCAGGGCCGCCCGGUGCUCAACGUGAGACACAUCAACCCGUUGCUCUUCAAGCACGUAGAGGAACUGGCGCAGAUCAAGAAGCUGCGAUCGGACAUCCUGAAAAUGAAGCCGUACCUCGUCACCUGCACAGACGCGCUGGAGUCCCGAAUUCUCCUCGAGCUGCAGGAGAGGCAGCACUUUGUGGAGAAUGUGGACAUGUACUCCAUGCAGGACCUCAUCGACGUGGUCGUGGGGCGGCUGAGCUCCACCCUCACAGACGUCCACACGACCUUCGCCAAGCACAUCAAACUCGACUGCCAGCGAUGCCAGGCCAAAGGCUUCAUCUGUGAGCUCUGCCGCCAGGGGGAGGCGCUCUUUGCAUUCGACAACCACACGGCCGUGUGUCCCAACUGCUCGGCUGUUUUCCACAGGGACUGUUACUAUGACAACGCCACUGUGUGCUCCAAGUGCCGGCGCUUAGAGGCGCGGAAGAAAUCCCUGCAGCAUGCCCCACGUGGUGGGGGGGAGGGAACCCCAGGGGAGGGGGCCCCUCGAGGUGGUGGGGGGGAGGGGGCCCUAAGCGGUGACAAGGAGGAGGGCCCGCGUGGCGCAGAGGUUGGUGACGAGGAUGGCGAUGGCGAUGACGAUGACCUUGACAACGAAGUUGACGACACACGAUGACAGCCAAUCGCAUGCAAGCGGUCUUAUAUGUAAGCCAAUUACAGGGGAGCAGUCUAGAACAAUUGACCAAUCUUGAGCGGGAAUCAAAAGGUUUGAACAAUCACGUUUGAGCCGAGUGUAAAUUACUGAACAAUCACAGAUGGAGUGAAAUUUCCCAAUCGCGAGCGAGUGGUCUGUACAUUUUGAUGAAUCGCAAGCUCGGCAGUCGUGGACUAUUCACUCUUCCUUCACCUCGUUGACAUUUCCCCACUCAAGAAGUUUUAAACUCGCCGUCGGACAACGCCGGGAGAUGCAGCAGCCCUGCUGCGUAGUCUCUACAAGAUGCGAGUUCCCGAAUUGAAGACGACCGUCAUCAGCACGCGGCACUUCUCGUCGUAUGAAUUCACAGCACUCUAUUUAACAACACAAUCCAUUCUCUUGCACCCCAGUGGUACGUGUCCAACGUUAUCCCAACGUUGGCUUGUGGUCAGAACCGUUGGCCCCAACGUCCCAUGUUUUACUGGGAUGUCGUCUCCCUAGCGGGACGACAUUUGAUUGUCCUGAUUGAGGAUCGCGAUCCAAAUCAAUAAUCGGUUCCUUGUCUCAUUUUUGAUCGUAUCAUUUGUAUUGUUUCUCGAAGGUUUUUUCUUUUUUGACGUUUGCACAGUUUUUUGUUAAGUCCGCUAGCCCGAAUUGAAUCGUUACGGGUUGUAGAGCUGCAGUGAUGAGAAGGCCUGUGCGACAGUCUUACGUUGAGUGAACUGCACUUUAAACGUUUUAAAAUGAAUCUUUGUUCGUACCUGGAAGUUAAGCAAAGCACAAAAUAAAUACAAUCAAAAUGUGAAAAGCAAUUACGAAUAUACAGUAGACUCUCGAAUAUCUGCACUAAUGAUGGGGAGGAUGGCCGCGGAUAAUUAAAAAAUAUCAAUUUUCCGCGGAUCUCUGCGAAUAACCACUAAUAUAGGUAUAAAUUAUGUUUUAAGUCUUAUAAUUUCGUAAAUUAAAUCUCGCAAUAAAUGAUGGGAUAAAUCCCUCAAUGAAGCACACAACUAACGAUUUCGAUUCUUAUUAUUUUGUUUUAGAACGAAUACGAACGAUUGACCGAUCAGUGGCAUGAUGAGUGAUAACUUUCUUGCUUCCGUGCAGAAGGCUACCCACUAUGUGGAUAGCAGAGCCACACCAAUCAAAAUCAAACCCCACUGUUGUAAAGAUAUGCAACUAUUGUACUGUGGAGGCAAUCACGUGGAUUUCGGAUUAACCGGCACGCACAUUUGUUCGUUUUAAGAACGUGACCUGUAAUAACCAUUUUCAAGAAGAACAAUGUAUAACUGUUUUUAGAUUAAUACUCUUUGGUUCUUUCGGUAAAGUCACGUAGGUAGGAAAAAAUAAUAGAUCACGACGUUUCGAUCGCAACACAAGCAACAGUCAUCAGGUGCGAAACAAACACAGCAGGGAGGAAUGCUGACGAAGGAGAAAGAGCUGCUGCAACAAGAAUUCAUAUAGGAUUUUUGGUGGGCCCAACCCAAGGGUAAGUGGGCGGAGCUAGAGAAGGAAUUUGUGCGUAAAUCUUGAUUCGAAGCUGUGAAUGUGAGAGAUUAUAGCAUGUCGAUGUGAGACUGCCCAGCCACCGGAGGUGUGCCAAUGAGAAGAUUAGCGUGCCAAUGUCGGAGAGCCGGGCGCUAAUCUUUUCAUUGGCACACCUCCGGUGGAUGGGCCGUCUCACAUCGACAUGCUAUAAUCUCUCACAUUUACAGCUUCGAAUCAAGAUUUACGUACAAAUUCCUUCUCUAGCUCCGCCAACUUACCCUUGGGUUGGGCCCGAUCAAAAAUCCGAGAAAACUCUUGUUGCAGCAGCUCUUUAUCUAUCCUACGUCAGCAGUCCUCCCUGCUGUGUUUGUUUCGCACCUGAUGACGGUUGCUUGUGUGUUGCGAUCGAAACGUCGUGAUCUAUUAUUAUUUUGUCUACCUACGUGACUUUACCGAAAGAACCAAAGAGUAUGGAUUCCUGCAGUCACGAAAGCUUCAAAUCAAGAUUGUAUUUAGAUUAUUUGGGCUUAAUCGAAAUUCUAUGAGUUAUUAAUGUAUGUCAAUCUCAGGUGCUCGGUAAUCCACACAUCGGUUAAACUGCACGCGGAUAAUCAAAGGUGUCUACUGUAUAUGGAAAACUGAUUCCGCAGUGAUCGCCAAGAAAAUUAAUAUCAUAUCUUGAAAACCUGGUGAUAAGUGAUGUUAAGCGGGGUCACCAAUAACGGUACAAACCCACAUCACAUGAUAUCUGGUGCUGAACUGAAUUUGGCCAAAGUCCAGCUCUUGAGAAUGAAAAUAUCGGUUUGACAUGCAUGCGAAGAACCUCCCUCUCGUACGUACAGCAAGUGAGAUAGUGCUCCCCUCUACUGUGUAGACCAGAGGUCGCCUUUAAGAAGGGCUGUCCGAGGUGGCUCUGUGAUAUACACUUCCAUGAGCUGUUCUCUAGGAGGGGGGUCGCGUGUUGCUCUCUGCAGGAGAGUUUCUGAACGGAUCCUUCGUGUCGUGACGAGGCGACGCCGAAAUUAGAAAAUAAAACUAAAUUAAACAUCACUCGGUAAAACUCGUGGGCUUUCGCGACCAAUAUCCAUAAGAUAUUUUAUUUUGGUUCGAUCGCGUAAAAUAUAAAUGUGUCGUUAACCUCGCCACCACCCCAACACAGGCAGUUAACAAGGUUUGUCAGAUAUCCAAAAUAUGUCAACCCUGGUGGUAAUAAGUGGUGUUCAGGCGGGUCACUAAUGACUGUACAAACCCACAUCCCAUUAUAUUUGGUGCCGCAAUUAAAUCUUGCUAAAGUCCAGCUCUUGAGAAUGAUAAUAUAUAAAACCAACAAAAAAAAUAUCACUCGCUAAAACGAUAAAUAAAUCGAGAUUAUUCGCUCCAAGUGUCUUGAGAGCCGACGAGCAACUUGGAUACCUGGGAAAUAGUGUCUGUGCUUUCGUCUUGACUGAUGUUUUCUUACAAAGCCACAAAACCAGUGGUUCCCAACAUCCCCGUGUCGCGUAGCCCCUAAUACACCGUCAACCGUUCACCUACCAGCACCCACACAGCACUAACGAUAAUUAAAUUAUGCACAUUUCAAUCAUUUGACAAACGCAACUAAAUACGUACACUUUAAUGUGUUUUAUUUUUAAAUGCUACCGUUCACUUUAAUUAUAAGACUGAUGAUGAAGAUUGAUUUCAACUUGUAAUCGCGCCGUGCAGUAUUUCUCCUGCGAAGAGAGAGUGAGGGAGGAAUUGCACACGAGGACUGUAACGUGGAGUGGGAUGUUAUCCGGGGGUUUCUGCGUUCCACAUGGAAGGCAAAACCCCUCGUUGACGAUGGAAUUGUCCAAACAUUCCCGUGUGGCAGGGGACCCCUCCGAACACAAGAGUCUCGUCACUCACCGAAGCCCUUUUGAGUGAUAUCGUAGCACUGUUAUUUGUAUUAUUAUUUGAAUUAAGUUAACUUGCAUUCGUACAACUUGAGCUUAAGGCAUGUACGAAAUUCUUAUGGUUCGAUGGCCGAUGCAGCCUUUGUCUUUGUCCGAAUAAAGAAGUCAUGUCACUGA